AAAAAUCGUCAAAAUUUGUACAUUGUAACAUUGUUUUUCGUUUUUUCAGUUUUGUGGAUUUUGAUUUCUGACAAACGAACUAACCAUGAUUUUCGGUUCCUUUUUCUACUGCAAUAACAUAAAGUUACGGUUGGCUCGAAAUUAAAGCUUGUGUCAUAAUCUUCGACGUAAAGGUGGUGCUUAGAGAAUGGAGCAGCGGCUGUGAUUUCCACUUUCCAGUGUUUUGGAUUUUCUUGGGUAGUAAGUACAGUAAAUUCUGGCUGCUGCAAAUGAAUCCACAAGGCUUCGGCUAUGGUCAGCAGUACAUACCGCCCGGACAUUAUGGUCAUUCUUCCCAGCAAUAUGCCGCGCAGCCAUCCGCCGGAUUCUCUCCUAAUUACGCCAUCCAAACCCCGUCACCUGCUGCGUACAGCAAUACGUAUGCUUCCUCCUCGACGCAGAAUGUUCUGGUUGCUCCGGGAGUGCCAUCAAACAGCGCGCCAGUGCAACAAAUAGUGCCUCUUCCUUCGAGCAUUUUUGUUAAUACCGCCCCUCUUUGUCCUCAAUUAUCAGACGUUUUUCCAUUUCCGACCGGAACUAAAUACUCUUCAUACCUCGAGGAUCUUUCCAUUCAGAGACAGUCAGAAGAAAUUCAGAAUACUCCAUCCCCGAAGCUGGUAAAUAAUUUGGCUAAUCAUCUGGGCACGGUUUCGGUUCAUCCAGUGAGUUUCAAAAAACCGGAAGGAACUACUGCCGCUCACCAUGCAUUAACAGAAUCAGCGCCUGUUGUAUCUCCUUUGGAGGCUUACAUCCAGCAUUCUAACCCGGCCCUUGAGCUGCGUAGAUCCAAGCGUAUAAAACUAAAACAACCGAUACCAGCGGCUCCAAGCACAUCAGUUGCUCCUCUUGUUUCGAGCCCGAAGCAAUCUGAACAGUAUGGGAGCAGUUCUUAUCCUCUGCAACAGCCAGGCGAUACAGGAACUGGCAGUUCGUCACCCCCUUCUGGAGAGACGUCUGGUGUGAAAGCUAAACCCGCGCAAACCAUACCGAAACUAACCAUUAAACUAGCGGCUGCGCAACCAGUCGCGACUGUCCCAGUGCAAGAAGCCGCAGCGGUCCCUCCUGCUUCUGCUGAAGUACGGAGAGAAGAGCCUAAAAAGGGAAUUAAGAUGGUCUUUCGUAUCAAGAACGCACCAGCGCCUGAAGAGAACGCUCCUGUAAAACCGGCAACUCCGAAAAUACAGGACGAAAACCAACGACAAGUGUCGGACGAACGGGAGCGACCUGCACAGUCGGCAAGUCCGGAAUACCCGGAGCCUGCACUGCAUUCGAAUAGAAGUUUUCCGAAUGAAACUAAGAUUCUCCAAGAAAAAGUUGAACAUAGCUCCUCUGCCUCGUCGGCUGCUCCUGGUGCCGUGGAUGAAUUUGACCCGUCUAAGCUGACGUUGAAGAUAUCUAAAGUGUCCGUGGAAACGGCCAACAAAGUGUUCAAUUUGGCGUUUUCGAGUAGUGCUUCUAAAGCACGCGGAAAGAUGCCUGUUUCUUCCAGGAAAUCAGCUGCAUUGCCACAAAUUACCCGUACCAAAGAGGCUCGUAAAUUGCUACCUUAUUCCCCUGAAGCAUCACAGGAACAUCCGACGCUGCAAAGUUUCUUAAUGACGAUGGACCGCGUAAUGCAAUCCAUGAGUCAGGUGGAUUUGCGUGGACUGGCGAUGAACGACCCAGCGGCACAGUUAACAGAUGCUGACAUUCCGUCGGAUGCCGUCCUUUCGCAAAACUUAGCUUACACACUGGCAGCCGAGACAGCGAAAUUGAAAGCCCAUGAUCAGGCUCGUUUUGUCCCGAUACAGAAUCUCAGAAAUUUGCUUGUCGCCAUUAUGCCGACAGUACUUCAUGCGACUGUGAUACCGACUGAUCUGAUAAAUUAUUCUCAGGAUGGGGAGGAUGCGGAUGCUUCCGUGUAUCGUGAUAUAGUAGCUCACAGGAUAAUUCGCGGCGCCGAAGCAGUAGUUUCCGCUUUGAACAUCAUCACUUCGCCGCAUUUGCCCCGUGAAAUUUGCAACAGCGAGGUUGUGGAUGCCUGCAUUCGUUUCGCCAAGCAUCAUGCAGUCCAUACUGUCUAUCCCGCUUUUGAUCCUCUGUACCGUUAUGAAGCGCAGUCAAAAGACGGCUUCGUGGCGAAAGUCAAACAGAAGCGUGCUCGAUCCGGUCAGACCAAAGACGAGACGAUAUUGCGUUUGUACUCCCGUUUCGAAGAUAUUGUAAUUCUCCUGGCGGAUGCUGUUAUGCUGCGAGCAGUGGAAGAAACGCCAUUAUUUCAACUUGCUUCCUUGGGAAUAUCCGCUUUUUUCGUGGAGAAUAUUCGCGAUUUGCAACUAAAGUCGUUAAGACUGGUCGCUCAUAUUUUCUGUCGGUACGAAAAACUUCGCGAAUCAAUCUGCGAUGAUAUUUUGUCUUCUUUGGCAAAACUACCUAGCUCGAAACGGAAUCUUCGGAAUUAUGUUGUUUCCAGUACCGAAAGCAUCCAAAUGAUAUCCGCACUGAUUCUACAUCUUGUGCAAAGUAUUGCCCGGUUGCCUUCUAAACGCCAGCUGGUUCAAAGAAGUGACGGUCAAGGACGGAUUGAAGACUACGAAGCCACGGUUUUGGUCAGCUAUGAUGAGUCCGUGCGGUGCGCCAAACAAAUUUUAUCCACCUUCUUCAUGAAAUGUGCGGCAAAAGGCGACGAGGACUACCGUCCCCUAUUGGAAAAUUUCAUCAAUGAUUUGUUGACAAUUGUUAAUAAACCCGAAUGGCCGGCUGCGGAGACCAUGUUAAGCGUGAUGGGGUUUAUUUUGAUGCAAAAAUUCAACGACAAGACCCUGGAUGCCAACUUUCGUUACGCGUCUAUCGAUUACUUAGGGAUGAUCACGGCCAGGAUGAGAAGGGAUGCUUUGAGUGUCAAAGAAAAUCCUGAUCAGCUGCAAGAACUGGUGACAAAGCUGUACCGAGCCUUUUCCAUAUCGGGUCACGGACUGAUCGAACUUGGUGACACUAUGCCUAAUGAAGAACAGCUCUUUCAGCAAGGCAUUCUGCAUUAUAUCUGGCAUUCGGCACCUUCUCCGAACUUUGCAGCCAAUUACUACCUGGCUCAGUGGUACCAUGAUGCGACUCACGGCACAACCACACCCCUGUGCAAAACAGAUGAUGACGACACCGACAGUGAUAACAGGACAAUGGAUGAUCGGGCCCGUACUAAAUCGACCGUGUUGGAUUUCAUGAAAGUGGCUGUGGAACAUGGCCAUCGACAUAUCGCGGCUGGCAAGGAAGUUGUUGAUACGGCAUCAGCGAAUCUGAUAGCGCGGCAUUUUGCCAUUAAUCGCCCGUUCGCCAAAAAUUUUGAGACUUAUUUUAAGAGGCUGAUUGCCAUGGCUAAUGACAACUCCAUGCAGAUUCGCAUUCGAGCAAUCAAAGCUGUUAGCAGUGUAAUGGACUCUGAUGGCAGUUUAAUGACGCGUGACAACGUGAAAAGCCUGGUAGAAAGCCGCAUGUGGGAUAAUUCAGCCAGUAUACGGGAUUCCGUGGUGGAAAUGAUCGGGACAUACGCGAAAAAUAACCCGGAACAGAUCCAACAGUAUUCCGACGUGCUGUUGAAACGGUUGCAAGACACUGCUCCGAGUGUGCGGAAAAGAAGUAUCAAAGUUCUGCAUGACUUUGUCGUCCAGUGUCCGGAACAUGAACUCUGUGUACCGUUGUUGGCCAACAUUAUAAAGCGUAUUAAUGACAAUGAAGAGACUGUUAAAAAGUUAGUUUACGAUGUCUUCCAAGCGCUUUGGCUGGAAUCGUCGCACAAGGACGAUAUCAAAGUGACUCAUCGUGUCAGUCAGAUCAUUGCCGUGGUACAGAUACUGGAUCGGGAAAAGUUGUCUGCAACGCAUUGGUUUGAGAAAAUGGUAAAGGAGCUGCUCAAGCGGGGUGAUGAUCAGACGCGCAAGUCAGCCAAAAAGGCCUGCAAGGCAGUUGUUGACAGGAUCGUCCGGAAUGUUCUUGAUCUUAAUGUGGAUAUGGACCAAAAAGAAAGUCAGUGGGUUGCUGCUUCCUUUCUCACCUUGAGCAUUUUUGCCAAAUGUGAUCCGGAUUUUAUUGCCGAUCACAUUCAGUCGUUGCCUUUAUUCUUGAACCAAACUCUCAAGUCACAAUCGGACCAGAAAGUCGUGUGCUUUACUGCUAAUAUGCUUGCCCAGAUCGUCCCACUCAUGAAAAAUCCACCCGAUUUUUUCUUGGCCCAAAUUGAAGAAAGUUGUGCCGCUUUGUUUGUGAAGACUGGUAUAAGUAUCCCGAUUAUGCAAGCUGCAAUGGAAUGCCUUGCCGCGGUCGUCAAUAAUGAAACGCACAAUUAUGAGAUUGUGAGAGGGCUUUACGAGAAGUUUUGGCAGAUUCUGCAAACAAAAAAAGCCGAAACCAAAGACUACAAUAUUGUGGCGCCUCAGCUGCAGCGUGCCAUGUGUGUCGUGUCACUUGCCGUUGAGCAUUUCGACAUCGACCAUGAAAGUUUUGGUUUUGUUCAAAUGCGAACUGACCGCGUCAUCGAAACUUUCUUAUCCCUGUUGCGCCAUCCUUUGACUCCCAUUCAGGAUCGUGCCUUGCAGUCUCUCGGUUUUAUUUUCAUCCGCAAACCGGAAGCCAUGUUGCAGAAGAAAUAUUCGGACAUUUAUAAUGGAUUGUUAGCAUCCAGUAAUCACCGGAUAGAAACCAAGAAGAUGGUCUUAACCAACCUGAUCAAGUACUUGGAAUACGAAGAAUCCCAAGUGUUGAUGAUGGAAGGGAGUGGAACGGCUCAAGAGCACUAUGCGGCACUUGAUUUGAAGGGAAACCAGACGAGUGUUGUAGAAUUGCCACGGAAAAUUGUCUUUCAUUACUUAAAAGCGACACUCGAAUGUGGAUUACAUCCAGAUGGAGGCAUACGAAAGGAUGUCUUAGAUCUGAUUGGCAUUGUCGUGCGGUUAAGAAUGAGCCAUCCUCAGCAGGUUAUUCCCUUUUUGAUUGCAAUAUCCACCGAUCCCGAGGAGACGAUGGCCGAAAAAGCAAAUAACUUGCUGGAUGAAAUUAGCAAGCGGUACCAUGCUAGCAAUAUCUUACCGACCAAGGCACUGAGUGGCAUAAAAGAGUCAUUCUCGUUUCAAAAAAGUCUACAACCGAAUGUUGUGGUUCGUGGAUAUCGCACUGUGCUGCAAAGCGGACCUGCCAGCUUGGUUGGGAAUAUUUACGCUGCAUUGCGAAGUGAUCGCGCACAGCGGCGAAUUCUCAUCAAUUCCAUGUUAGAGACGUUCAAAUUUAAAGAUUCUCCGUUGGAUUUAUUGUUGUAUUUCGCGGAUAAUUUGGCCUAUUUUAAUUACACGAAUCUGGACGAGCCACAUUACAUAAUUCAUCAGCUUGAACCAAUUCUGGCAAUGGUCAGUCCGGAUGCAUUGCACAGAUUCCGAAAAGCUUUUAAGCUUAAUCAUCAGAAAAGCGCCGAGGAAAUGGAGUCUGAUGAGUUGCUGGAUGACGAUGAUUUAGAAACCGUGGAUAAUAUGCGCCGUUGUAUACCGGAAGAUCUAUCUGAAUUGCAUCAGUGCUACCGAAACUGUCAACCGUCAUUACUGCUGAUUGCUCUGAAAAGAUUCGUGGCCAGUUUGUACUGUAUUACACCAGCUAAAGCUAAGGAGUACCUGCCUAGUGAGCCAAAACAAGUUUGGGAAAAGCCAGUCACUUCGCGAAGAGCUAACUGCAAAUACGAACCAACUGCGGUUUGUGAAUUUGUUUCCCGUGAAAUGAGAGGCGAGCUAUCUGAUUUCCUGACACCACAGUUACUGAUAAAAAAGUUCCUUGAGUUUAAAACUGUUGUUAAUCUUAUUGACGAUCGCGAAACUGCCGGUGAUGAUGUACCUAAACCUGGCGCUUCUGAUUCCGUUGCACCGGACGGUGACGAUAUGGAUGAUCUGGACGAUGAUGAGCAUAAUGUGGUGGAUAAUGUAAAUGAAGCGCCCGUUGGGUCUCCCGCACCUACCGCUUCCAAUUCCGUUGCGCCAGAUCCAGUCAGUGAGUCUUCCACUCCCCAGAAGAAACGCAAAGCGGACGCCUCUUUCAAAAAACCUCGUCCACCCAAAAGACGUUUGGAGCCGGGUACUCCUAAACGGACACGUGGUCGGCCUAAGCGGGAAAAGGUUGCACAGUCAACCAGUGAUUCAGAAGAAGAGGACGAAAGCUACAGACCGUAAAGUAUAUUUAUUUUAUCGUGUUUGUUCUGGUACAGAUUAGUUGGACGGGAUCUCUACGCGGAAAUGUCGGUGACAGCUGUUUAUAGUCGAUUUUGGGUGUGUUGUACAGUAUUUCCUCUUGUGUUGAAAGAAUUUGGCGCACCAGUUACAGUAUUGUGGCAGCAAAUUUUGCAGCAUUUUUGGCCUUGUUUAUUUGUUUUAGAACCGGAAUUUUGACCAGCAGUGUUACGCUGGGUCUCGGUCGUUGUGCGUCUAAGAAAAUUGAGAUUCUCUUGUUGUUGA